AUGGCCCCCAUUGGAAUGACCUACUAUGAGAAGGCUCAGAGCACCUUCAAGCCUCCUCUGAUUGCCAAUGACAAUGCUUUCUUGGGUGAUAUUUCCAGCAGUGAAAAGAAUAACGCCGAAAAACCCAUCUCUUGCGGUCUCUACCGUUUAGAAAAGGGCACCCCGCUCGUCUACGAGUACACCUACGACGAAAUGAAGAUCAUCCUCGAGGGAGAAUACGAAAUCUCCGACGAGACGGGCCAAAAAGUCACUGCCAAGCCUGGUGAUGUCUUUUACUUCCCCAAGGGUUCAAAGAUUACUUUCACCACGCCGUCUUACGGGUUGGCAUUCUACACUGGCCAGCGAAAGGAAGGUGCUGCUUAG